UGUUGUCCCCCCAUCAUCAAGUAAUUGGAAGGUUAAGACGGAGAGCAAGCGACUGCUCGGUCUCCAUCCACGACGCGCUCCAUCGCCCACCACAAUUCGCCCCUGCGGUGGCGACUCGCUGUGUUGUUUAGAAGCCGUCCCAUCUUUUGUUAUCCACUGAGCAUCAUCGAUUCCAUCUCGUGAUUCCUCCAUUUUGGUCGCUCGAUUCCUUCCCCAAUGGCUUUGGAUUCAGCCUCCUCCUCUUCUUUUUCGUCUCGUAGGUCCUCGAUUUUACCGGAAUGGUUGUGAUGGUACUGUCGGCGAUGACUAGUAUGUGCGCGAAUGAUGCAGUGGCGCCUCGUUCCCAUGCUUGAUGAACAUUGCCAAGAGCGUCUACCGCUGGAACCUCAUCUCUUUCGGCGGUGCGCGAUUCCGGAAGAGUUCCGCCCGCGGUAGCGUGCCUGCCCAUCACGUGUUCGUUUUUAUUCCUCGGUGGAGUCGACGACGACGGAGCGGUUUCCGGCUGGUUAGAAAUUGUAAGGACAAGGAGCAUCCCAGUAAGAGAUCUUGGUGGCAGAAGUUCUUUUCGGACAACGACGAUGAGAGCUGGUUUAGUUGGAGUGCUGAGGACGUGCUCGGCGUCGACGGGGUAGGUGAUGAGCACGGGGAAGAGGAAGGGAAGGAGGAUGAAAGGUUCGAGGCUUGGAAGAGCAGGGCUGAAGCGAUUGUUGAGCUCCGUGAAGCACAGGAGGAUGCGAGAAAUGAGGAGGGCCGAGCGUGGGAAGAUUGGCUCCGAGGUGAUGGAUUAUCUGGCGAGGGCUCUUCGUCAUGGGAUCAUGAUUGGGGUGGCGAAGCAGCAGAACCACCAGGGGAGGUGAAUGAUGAUCCGGAGGAGAUAAUGCGGGAGAAGGGUCUUGUUAGAGCCAUUAAAGAUGUGAUUGCUGAGAACGAUGAAGGGUUGUUAUUUGAGGAUAGAGUUUUCCGGUAUGCUUCGAUCAGCUCGGCAAAAUUUGUUGCUUUGUUGAUUCUCAUUCCAUGGAUUCUAGACUUUGUGGUUCAUGACUAUGUCCUGAUGCCAUUCUUAGACAGGUAUGUCAAGACUGUACCACUUGCUGCCCAGAUGCUUGACGUUAGGAGACAACAGAAACUUGAGAUGAUAAAUACUUUAAAGCUUGAGAGAGCAAGAUUGCGCUUAGAGGUAGAGAUUGGUAAAUCCCCUUCCCUUUCAGAUGAAGAGGUCUGGUUGGAGAUGCGGUACAAAGCUUUUCCACUAGCUGGGAAAUACUUCUUUUAUAUUGAUAGGAUAGAAUUAAGAGAUGAGCGGAGAUUAGAGAACCGAAGAGCAUUUGCAAACAUUUGGUCAGACUUAGUGUAUGGCAUUACACUGUUUGUUCUUAUCUACUUUAAUAAGAGCAAAGUUGCUUUGCUGAAGGUUACAGGAUACAAGUUACUAAAUAAUAUUUCAGACACUGGGAAGGCAUUCCUUAUUAUUUUAAUCACAGAUAUUUUUUUGGGGUACCAUUCUGAGUCUGGUUGGCAGGUUUUGGUUGAGAUUAUUCUUGAUCAUUAUGGACUUGAUGUUGACGAAGCUGCAAUAACCAUCUUUAUUUGCUCAUUUCCAGUCAUGAUCGAUGCCUGUGUGAAGCUAUGGCUAUUCAAGUUCCUUCCGAGGUUGUCUCCAAAUGUGUAUAAUAUCUUCCGUGAAAUGCAGCGUCAUUAGUGGUGUGCAACCUAAUUCUCACUUAUCGUGAAGGUUGCUUCGGCACAGGAUGGGCUGGAUUGAAAUUUAAAGUUGGGGACUCAAAAGAGGGAUUUCAUUUCUGCUUACUGGAUACUUUUACAAGUUCAUCAAAGCCCUUCUAGGCAUUUCCUCUUGGUAAUAACAUUCACUGCAUCGACAACCUUUUUUUCGACAAAUAGAUCACAAUUUUUUGCCCCACAAUUAACAGUUGGGUCAGAAGUGGAUUGUUUUCCUAUAGUAUAUGUGAACUAAAAUGUACAAGAUUCCCCACUACUUUUGGCCUGAAGUAGAAGUAUUCUCUUGAUCUGACGUA